GUUUCAUCAACGCAUAUCCCGCAACGUCCACAUACGCCAUUCGCGAUGGAGGUCGCCGCGGCCGCCAUUGCCUUUGCGCAGGGCAUCGGCAUGAUUACCACCGGCAUCCGAACGCUACAUUCAAUCCGGCAGGCUCCUGUUGAGUUUAUGGACUUGCUGAAUCAUCUUUCCACACUCAACGGGCGGGCUGAACUUCUCCGACGUUCUCUCGACUCCUUGGCAGGUGUCCAUUCGGACGUCCCCGACGUGGACAUCGACACGAUUCGCAAUCUUCAAGUACAGUUUGAGGAGAUCUCUAGCCAGUUAAACGACACAGCCACGAAUUUUAUUGCUAAAAGCAAGGGACUCGACAGCCAGGGACGUCAUAGGAUCCCCAGAAUCAUGUGGCAGAGGCAGCAGUCAAAUCUGAUGGGACUUCGCCAACGAGUGAAGCAGCUGAGCAGCGAGAUGACGGAUUGUCUAGCUGCUAUUAACACUUCUCAGGGGGUGCGGCAGACUGGUCUCGUGCUUGACGUCAGAGCGGUCAUGGAACAGUCUUUUACGGAUAUUGCGUCACAAAUUCAGCACGGAAACACCUUGACAGAGCAAGACCACGAGUCGAUUAAUCACAUCGUGCAGCAGAACGAGACCCAAACUGCCCUCCUCCAUUCGACUUUAGCAAACCAUCAAGAAAUCGGUGCAACCAUCAGCAGAAGACUGGAUGUUUUCGAAACGAGAGUCGAGACGCAGCUUUCCCGGGUCAUGGAGAACUUGUCCCCGGACCGACAUUCGAACCGCGCCUCUCAAGGCUCUCAGACCAGAACCCAGUUUGGCCACACAGUGAUAUCAGUCAGCACAACUCUCAGGCAGACAUGUCCACCAAACUGCAGAUGCCAGUGCCAUCGGACUUCAUAUGCUCGCACACCAGAAUGGUUGAGCUCAGUCAUGGGAUCACUCUUUGUGCAGUACAAGAGCCUUCCGAUACUGGGCAUCAAGAAAUGCGACAAGCCGUUGUGUAAAUCAGCGUCUCAGUCAUCAAUUCAGCUUCAGUGGUGUUUCCCCCGCUGGCUGGUAGCCCGGGCACUUGUGGCGUCGAUAUCGUGGAGCUCUAUCAACGAUGACGGCGCGGCUCUGUUUCUAAAGAUUCCGCGGUCUAUCUACGGUUUCGCGUGGUUGGUUACGUCAAGCCAUGACGAUAGGGCCUUCAUCCAGCAUUACAUGGACGGCACGAUUCGUCCAACGGAUAUCUUGGCCGAAUGGGGCGUAAACUUUCUAACAGUAUGCAUCGAUCAAAAAUACUGGCAACUUCUGCAAAUUCUUCUGGAUUUGGGGUUUGACCCAAGGAUGAAGGAUCUGACGGGCAGAUGUGCCAUUCAUUGGGCGCGGCAAUACGAACUAGAUGGAAAUUCCAACUGGGCACCCGCAGACGUUCAAGUGACACUGAGGCAGAUUGCGGCCAUGGAGCUUGAGGAUACGUCGCCGCUGACCAUGAUACAUCAAGUAAUCCGAGAGGACACGACACAUUCGCUGGACGAAUGCAUUCAAAUUGAGCCACAGCACAUCAACACGCCAGAUGAUGUUGGGUUCGCCCCCCUGCACUGGGCUGUGUGGAAAGAAGACAUGGCCGCAUUUCAGACUCUGGUAAAAGCAUCGGCCAAUGUCAACCAGCAAACCAGUCACGUACGUGAGACGCCGCUUCACUUCGCAUGCAUGCAUCACAAUGUGGACAUGGUUCAAACACUUCUCGAUUUGGGCGCAUCCAUCUCGUUGGUUGACCGUAACAAAUGGACGCCAUUGCAUUACGCUACCAACCAAAUUCAGGGCCGACAAAAAGAGAUGGACGUGGUCCAAAUUCUCUUGGAUGCUCAUGCCGACCCUAAUUGUGGGGAUGGGGAAGGAUCCACCCCCUUGCACCUUCUGUUUGACGAUGAAGUUGUCGACCUGGACCACGUCGCGGCCUUGGCAAGAGCUCUCAUCGAUGCCGGCGCAGACCUCGAGGCCAAAGAAAUAUAUGGAAGAACAGUUCUUCUCUGGACUUGCGCUUUUUCAUGCAAAAAUAUGCCCAUCUUGAUUGAUCUUGGGGCAAAUGUCAAAGCGGUAGAUGACAACGGACGAAAUAUGCUCUCAAAUUUGGUCAACAACGAAACAGAUCUCGAGCCCAGUUUGUUUUACCCAGAACUGCUCGUGGGUGUAAAUCCCGACGCUCGCCACGAAGACAAUGAGACUACAUUGGGUGUCAUGGCUACUAGGGUGCGCGACUCCAUCAACUGGCGGCCAUUAUCUCUUCGUGUCGUCGUUGACAUGGUCGACCUGAUCCUGGGAACCCGCGAGGCAAACUGGGCAGCCGGACUAUUUCUAGGCGACCUCCUAGGAUGGACAAAAGACGAGUACAACGAAAGCACUACAUCUGACACUGAUGACGACGAGCUUCAUCCCUCAGAUGGCAGUGGUUCAGGGGAUUGGGAAACGAUGAGCGAAGACGACGACGAAGAAGAAGAAGAAGACAACGAUGAUGAUAACAACAAUGGUAACGACGAAAGAGAGUGGAGCGACGGCGAGAAUAGCAUCACUUUUCACGAUGCCCGUGAGAGCUUGGAGUAA